GCAGAGGCGCUGCCGGCAGCCGGUGCGGGAGAGGGGCGCGGCGAGGAUAAGGCGACCUCGGGCGGCAUGGGCUGCAGCGAGAGCAGCCAGGGCGGCAGGAAGGUGUCCUUCGGGCUGGAUGAGCGGGAGCGAGUCCGGGUGCUGCAGGGCAUCAGGCUCACUGAAGAUGUAGUGAACCGGAUGAAAGGAUCCUCUCAAAGCAGAAGGGAGAACCAGAGAUCUCCCCGUGCAGCCAAUGGCACAGCUCCCUCCUCACUGGCUGCAGAAGGGAAACCCAGACCUACAGAAAUUCAGCCACCAAAAGCAAGUGACUCUUCUGCAGAGCAGGAACUCUACAGGAGGUAUAUGGAGGAGCAGGCACUGGUCCAAGAGGAGCUGCUCCGGCUGGCCAAGAGAGAAAGGGAAGCAGCCAGCGAGGCCAAGGAAAGGAUCGGCAUUAUUGAGGAGAGGCAGAGAGCAGCCCAGCUGGCUGUGGAGCUGCAAGGCUGGGAGGCAGACCUGAAGCGACAGGAGGCCUUCUAUCAAGAGCAGUUGGCCCGCAUUGAGAAGAAGAAUGCAGAGAUCUACAAGAUGACAUCCGAGCAGUAUCAGGAGGCAGCCACCAAGGCAGAGGAACGGAUAAAGAGGAGGAAUGCUGAUCCUAUCUGUGCAAAUCUGCAGUCUGAAAUCAUGAAGUGCUACCAAGAAAACAAACGUGAAGUGCUCAAAUGCUCGGAGCUGGCAAAGGAAUAUCAGCGCUGUGUUAGUGCAGCUCAUAAGGAGCUGUUUGUUAAUUCUGGAUAAACAUCAUCCACCAAAGAGCAGAGAACAGGGACCAUGGACGCCCUUGGAAGCUCCAGCAUCCUUCUGGACAGACACUGACCAAAACCAGUGCCUUCUGCCCUCCAUGACCAAGACAAUACAACAUGAUUCCUCUUCUAACUGCCUGCAUGUAUCAGUCUGGUUGGACGUUCCUGGGGUUGGGAGAAGGGUCUCAGGAGCAGGGGAUGCUAUAGUUUCUUUUCAUUGCUUUGCAAUGUAAAGAAUAUGUUGACCCCAGGUGCUUCCAGCAUAGCUUAUAGCUUAGGGUCUUGCUCCAACACAAGCCUGGUUUACCCAGUUCUAACUUUGGUUUCACCAACCUACAUCUGAAUUUCUGGAGCUGUUGCCUCUGUUUGUUUGCUCUGGAGAAAGGGGUCUGAAGUAUUUGGAAGUAACCCUGAGUAGCUUGUUAGGAUGAACUGUUCCUAGCAUGCUCCCAUUGGUUACACCAGCAGGCACAUUCCUUCCCUUCCAAGGUUCCCUCCUAAACAAUAAAGUGUUUAACAGUCA